CUGCAGCCUUUGCUGAUGCGUUCUAGCGGUUCUGCUCCACUCCCUAGCCUGCGCCCUCCUCCUUCGAGCCGGCUGCUGCUGCUCGCGAGCGCACGGCCAGCCGGGGAGCUUGGCGUCGUGGUGACAGGUGCAUUCUUCUGCAGCCUCUGUACAUGGCCUUUUUUGUUUAGGAUUCAGGUACCAUGUUCAGAUGCGUUCUGCGGCAUAAAAGCUAUUUUGUGUUGUCUGGCUCCCAAUGUGGAACAAUAUAUUUCUUCUAUGUCAUAUUUUGUUUGCCUAUAAUUCUUUUAUUAGGGCAUGUGAUUAUUCAACCUAGGUCAGAUCAUCUACGAUGGCAAGAUUUAAAUCUUAUAUGCAACUGCAUAUCGCAAAAAGGGAUAUUCAGAAUUUUUGGAUAAAAUCAUUUGCUUAGAAGAUGCAUAGGGCAAUUUAUUUAAACAUCCGAGUAGUUAAUGUCCUUUCCAGGCUCAACAUAUGAAUAAUAUAAUUCUUUUUCUACUGUUUCAUCCAAGUAUUUCAGUUCUUACCGUUUAAUGAGUCCAAGUAUUUCAGUUCUUAUCGUUUAAUGAGUCCAAAUUAUAGCUUGGCCAUUCCAGUGAACAUUCUAUUAUGUUAUUCUCAUUUAUACUAUGCAGGAGUUCAAUCACGCAUUUCAGAAUGAAAUUAUGACUGAAGAAGGCAAAGCAGGCGUUCUCUUCUGUUGUCUUUUAUACAGUAGAAAUGUGUCCUUUGACUGAAAUUAAUCUUUGGUUAGAUCAUUAAAUUUGCAGUCUGUCAGUAUUUACUUAUUCCAUUGUACCAUCUCUCUAAUACAAUAAUACUAUCAACUUUUGUCUUUUAAUCCUAAUCAAAUUUCGCUGCAUACAAAUACGGUCAGGGCAUGCAAUAGCACCAUGACUUAAUCGUACAGGACAAUCUAUAGUAUCACUGCUGUAAUUAAAUUGCACAUGUAAUUACACAACUGUAAUUCUACGCCUGUGUAUGCAUGGAUGCUCCACCUUUGAUUCAAUUACAUAGCUAUCUUUUCACCUGUAUGCUGCUCUAGGCGCCUCCACUUACCUUCAUCAUGUGGAUCAAUGCACAAACUCAUAUCAACCUCUGUUACUAUUUUAAACUGCUUUCAGGUACACCACUUCAUCACUAAUUCACUGAAUUCCAAUUCCUUUCUACAUUUCACCUGUCUUCGAAACCUAGCAAACAACAAACUCAAAUUUGCAGAUCUUUGCUUUUGCGCCAGGAAUGUUAGCUUAUCAACUGCCCUUAAAAGGCACAUCAAGAGCCUUGCACAGUGCAUGCAACAUUCAAGUGAAGUCUAUGUUGUCAGUAAGAAUGAAACGUUCAUGAAGCAAGACAGAGUGACUUAUGCACUAACUCUGGCAGCACCACUCGACUUUUGGACGCUACUACUAUACACCAGUGGACUUGAAGAUGAGAGCAUUGUGAUCUGUCAAAGGUUAUUGACUCAGUCCACUGGUGGCCCACCUGGUCAAUCAACAUGUGAUGUAAUUGAACUUGUUUUGGAUAGUGAUUUGUGAAUGUAAUUAGUUGAUCAUGUAACUGACUUGUGGAUUUUUUUUUUCUGAAUAUGUGGUCGACUGUUUUGUGAAUCUGUAUUAAAUGCAAGCGAGUGCAUGUGGGCUGAAUGUUGUUAAUUGGGCUACAGGAUGUCAGAUGUGUGGUUGUUAAUUGGGUUGAAUUGGAUUUUAAUUGGGCUUAAUCUUUUUGAUAUAUGGGCUUCUUGAGCGCAUGGCCCAAAUGCAAUUUCAUUGUAAUGCUUGGGCCUUUUGAAUAUAUAUG